AUGCUGGCUGACGGUCUUGUGGUCCGCAUUUCCGAUGCCUUGUUCAAGUCGUCGCUGGCUAAGAAUGCCAAGCCGGUAUUUCCUCAGAAAAUAGCGAAGUUCGAGAUCAAAUUCGGUGAGAAAUGGGCCAUAUGGGGUGGAGGCAAGGGCCAAUUUCUCGAUGUGCUUGCUAACAAAUAUUUAUGCGAUCCACCCCUGUCGCUACAAUACGGCAGAACACAGGGCUCUGCGCCGCAUGUGGAAUUGAUGGCAUUCAAAGGCGUCAUCCCAACUGCACACUUGAGCGCUAGAUAUGAGCAUUUCAAGGACGAGUUCGAUCAGACUUGCAAAAAAUUCAUACUUGAUAAUGCAAUUGGGUCAAACGCUGUAUCAUAUGACGUUAGCACUACGGAUCGGAAGGUGGACAUGGCACUGUAUGAUAAAUUGGUGGAUGAAUUGAAAUUGACCGAUCUACAGGAUAGAUGGGCGAUGGGCUUGAGCAACGGACAGAUGAGAAGAGCAAGGCUGGCCUACAGUUUGCUUAAGGAGCCGGAUAUGCUGUUAAUCGACGAUCCCUUCUUGGGCCUCGACUCUACGGCAGCGUCUAUCAUCUCGAAAUUCUUGGCAAAUUACCAGAGCAAGCGCCGCUGUUCAGUGACCAUCGGGUUGAGGAUCCAGGACGCUAUUCCACAAUGGUGCACUCACGUCUGCUGUGUCGAUGAACGGGAAGGGAUUGUGUUUCAAGGCCCGACUCAUGAACUCCAAGAUCAAAUCAACAGCAUGAGGAAAAGAUACGAGCUAGAAGCGCGAAAGCACAACAGCUCUUCGCGAUACCAGGUGGAGGAUCUGGUUGCAUCUCACCCGAUGUUUAGGAAACCGCAGCACGAAGUGCUCAAGAUGCCAAGCACAAUCGAACUCAGGGGGCUAGAGGUUAAGUACAAGGGAGUUCCAGUCUUACAGGAUUUGCACUGGGACGUAAAGCCAGGUUCCAAAUGGCACAUACGAGGUGACAACGGCUCAGGAAAAUCGACACUACUGUCCCUGAUAACCGCGGAACACCCUCAAUCCUGGAACUCCAAGGUAAUCGAGCAGGGCCAGCCCAGAAAAACUGGCAGCUCGAACUAUUUUGAUAUAAACAGACGCAUCGGCAUGUCUUCGCCAGAGAUACACGCCAUCGUGCUGAAGAACGCCGCAAGAGAUCUCGACAUCAGGGAGAUGAUUUCCACAGGGUUCCACGAUGCCUCCUCCAAUAACUUCAAGCCUAUGUGGACCCGGCUCAGCGAUGACAAGAAACUGCUGGUCGAGAUGUACAUCAAGCAUUUCAACCUCCAAGAGCUAGCCCAAACAGAGCGUUUUAGCCAACUGAACGUCAGCAACCAGAAACUCGUGCUCUUCAUCAGGAGCUUGAUCAAGAUGCCGCAAGUGCUAAUUCUUGACGAGGCUUUCUCAGGCAUGGAACGUGGCGCAAUGAUGCGUUCUCAUGAGGUGCUCGAGGCUUGGCCAGGAACCGUGCUUGUAGUAUCGCAUGUCGAAGAGGAGACACCAAAAUGCGACCACUACCUGAGACUGUUGGCUCCCGGAAACUACAAGGUGGGCCAAAUAAGCCAUGAUGAGACCUAA